AUGAGGUUGCCCGCGAAGCGGCGCGCGCACGGUGGCGGCGGCGGCAAGAUGGCGGAUAAGGAGAAGAAGAAGAAGGAGAGUAUUUUGGACCUCUCCAAGUACAUUGACAAAACAAUCCGAGUGAAGUUCCAAGGCGGGAGGGAAGCUAGCGGAGUCUUGAAAGGAUUUGACCCUCUUCUGAACCUUGUGCUUGAUGGUACCAUUGAAUAUAUGAGAGAUCCAGAUGAUCAAUACAAAUUAACAGAAGACACACGCCAGCUGGGACUAGUGGUCUGCAGAGGAACUUCUGUGGUUCUCAUUUGUCCACAGGAUGGAAUGGAAGCUAUUCCAAACCCUUUCAUUCAGCAGCAAGAUGGCUAAUGCUUUCUUGGGACUCUCUUCAAGGGUGCAGAUCAUUGGAGGAAACUAUCAGUGUGUGAAAGCUUUCUGUUUUGCGGGAGGAGUUUGAAUGUGUGUUUGCUAGUAUGGAAGAACAAUCAACUUUUAUUUUGUGGCUUUCUGUAAGUGGUGAGAGGAAGUAAGUUCUGAUUUUGUUGAAAUAAAUGUGAAACUCUUCAUUCUUUAGAA